UUAGUUUUGGGGUCACUGUGGGAUUUUAAAAAGUAGUGUUCAAAAGUAGUGUUAAAAAUAAAACAAUAAAAUAACAAGUUUGUUUCCGCUCGAAAUUCCUCGGCAGUUUAAUAGUUCUUUUGUUCGCGUGCGGUUAUCUCAUCUGUGAUCUAUAAUGCCUUUUAGUUAUUAUAAAGAAGCAUAAAACCCAAUUGGUGUGUGUCGGUUCAUACAGUUUUCUGCGAAAAUAGCCAACAUUCCCCCAAACUCCAAACAACAACUCAAAGGAGCGCCCGGGAGCUGUUAUAAAUUGCCCGCGGAAAGAAGUUUAUUUUAAAAUCCAUUUGCCAGUGAAAUCAAUUCCAUUGCAAUUGCCGCAAAAGUGUGUAAAAAUAAUACAAGUUAAAUGUGUUAACAGUUAUUCGAAAUUGGAAAAAACGUCCCGGCUUUUUUUGAGGCAAAAACAAUAAUAAAAUCAACAAGCAAUCGCCGCUCCUGUUCGCUCUCCUUGUAAUCCAAUUGAGGUUUUGGGGGGGAGAGACCAUACCACACUCUCUCUCUCUCGCUCGCUAACGGCCCCCAAUCAUGUUGGCGCUCCUGCUUUCACCGGUCGUCCUGGUGCUGUUGUCCUGCUGCAGUGUAAGCGAGACAGCAGCUGACUACGAGAACACCUGGAAUUUUUACUAUGAGCGUCCUUGUUGCGCUGGAAACGAUCAAGGCAACUAUGGGAAGCACGGCAGAGAUCAUGUGCGGGAGUUCUCAUGCGGCAAGCUCUACUACCGCACCUUCCAUAUGAACGAGGAUCGGGAUGUACUCUAUGUGGGAGCUAUGGAUCGUGUAUUCCGUUUGAACCUGCAGAACAUCUCAUCGUCCUUUUGUGAUCGGGAUCUGAUCAACCUGGAGCCGACACGCGAUGAUGUGGUUAGCUGUGUUUCCAAGGGAAAAAGUCAGGUCUUCGAUUGCAAGAACCAUGUGCGUGUCAUUCAGUCAAUGGAUCAGGGCGAUAGGCUCUAUGUGUGCGGCACCAACGCCCACAACCCCAAGGAUUAUGUUAUCUAUGCCAAUUUGACCCACCUGCCGCGCUCCGAGUAUGUGAUUGGCGUCGGCCAGGGCAUUGCCAAGUGCCCCUACGAUCCCCUGGACAACUCAACCGCGAUUUAUGUGGAGAGCGGCAAUCCGGGCGGCCUGCCUGGUCUGUACUCGGGCACCAAUGCGGAGUUCACCAAGGCGGACACGGUCAUCUUCCGUACUGAUCUCUAUAACACUUCGGCUAAACGCUUGGAAUAUAAAUUCAAGAGGACUCUCAAGUACGACUCCAAGUGGUUGGACAAACCGAACUUUGUUGGAUCCUUUGACAUUGGCGAGUAUGUGUACUUCUUCUUCCGUGAAACCGCCGUGGAGUACAUCAACUGUGGCAAGGCCGUCUACUCACGCAUCGCCCGGGUGUGCAAGAAGGAUGUCGGUGGCAAGAAUCUAUUGGCCCACAACUGGGCGACAUACCUCAAGGCCCGACUUAACUGCAGCAUCUCCGGCGAAUUUCCGUUCUACUUCAACGAGAUUCAGUCCGUUUACCAGCUGCCCUCCGACAAGAGCCGCUUCUACGCCACCUUCACGACGAGCACUAAUGGCCUGAUUGGAUCUGCCGUAUGCAGUUUCCACAUUAACGAGAUUCAGGCUGCCUUCAAUGGUAAAUUCAAGGAGCAAUCUUCAUCGAAUUCCGCGUGGUUGCCAGUGCUGAACUCGCGCGUGCCGGAGCCCCGGCCGGGUACAUGUGUCAACGAUACAUCAAAUCUGCCCGAUACUGUGCUGAAUUUCAUCAGAUCCCAUCCACUUAUGGACAAAGCCGUAAAUCACGAGCACAACAAUCCAGUCUAUUAUAAGAGGGAUUUGGUCUUUACCAAGCUCGUCGUUGACAAAAUCCGCAUUGACAUCCUCAACCAGGAAUACAUUGUUUACUAUGUGGGCACCAAUCUGGGUCGCAUUUACAAAAUCGUGCAGUACUACCGCAACGGCGAGUCCUUGUCCAAGCUGCUGGACAUCUUUGAGGUGGCUCCGAAUGAGGCCAUCCAGGUGAUGGAAAUCAGCCAGACACGUAAGAGCCUCUACAUUGGCACCGAUCAUCGCAUCAAGCAAAUCGACCUGGCCAUGUGCAAUCGUCGUUACGACAACUGCUUCCGCUGCGUCCGUGAUCCGUACUGCGGCUGGGACAAGGAGGCCAACACGUGCCGGCCAUACGAGCUGGACCUAUUGCAGGAUGUGGCUAACGAGACCAGCGACAUUUGCGAUUCGAGCGUCUUGAAAAAGAAGAUUGUCGUGACCUACGGACAGAGUGUUCAUCUGGGUUGCUUUGUUAAGAUUCCGGAAGUUCUUAAGAACGAGCAGGUGACUUGGUAUCACCACUCCAAGGACAAGGGACGCUACGAGAUUCGUUAUUCGCCAACCAAGUACAUUGAGACGACGGAGCGUGGCCUGGUUGUGGUUUCCGUGAACGAAGCCGAUGGCGGUCGCUACGAUUGUCACUUGGGUGGGUCGCUCUUGUGCAGCUACAACAUCACCGUGGAUGCCCACAGAUGCACUCCGCCAAACAAGAGCAAUGACUAUCAGAAAAUCUACUCGGACUGGUGCCACGAGUUCGAGAAGUACAAAACUGCCAUGAAGUCCUGGGAAAAGAAGCAAGCGCAAUGCUCGACCCGGCAGAACUUCAGCAGCAAUCAGCAUCCAAAUGAGAUUUUCCGCAAGCCCAAUGUCUGAUACCACGAACAGAGUUUCGCUUUCAACAUGCCGUCACCAUCGUCAUCGUCAUCGUCCAAUCCGUUUUAGUAAAUCGAAUGCGAAGAACAGAUACAAUGCCAACGCACAACAGAAGCCCAACGGGCCAGGAAAAGAACGGACAAACAUCAUUAUAUCAUCAUUAUAUUAUCAUCGACAUCAUCAUAGAUAUACUUUCUUCAGAAAUGAACAGAAAACCAGAAAACUCUUCCUAAAGGAUUACGCAUUUACGGAGGCAUUUACAAUGCAUUCAUCAAUUUAGACUUAGACUAUAGGGUAUUAUCUCACGACACAGCUCCUCCCAUAUGGUGCAUUUCAUCUUGAUUCGAUUUAAAUAAAGAUAUACAUACUUACUAUAGAUACGCCACCACAACCCAUAGCUAGCUACGACAAUUGAACAUUUUGAAAUCCAUGUAAACUGCCGCAGAACGCACAUUCAUAUCGUUAUUCGAACCUAGACUCGAUUUAGUUUCAAUAUAACACUCUACAUAAGAAUAAUCAAUCUUUGAACUUAAAGGCAACCUUAAUGUAAUCGAAGAAGCAAUGUGAUGUUAAGUUUUGAUAAAUUUAUUAACAGCCUAACUACAUACAUACAUACAUACAUACAUAAUCGCGAUGACCACAGUAUAAAUGUACCAUAAACGAUCUAUAUAUCAAGUUGUACACAUUAUUCAAUGCAUUUGAAGCUGGACAUUAAAUCGAAUACAAUACUAACCUAUGGGAACUAUCCUUAGAUAAACCUCAAUCACAAGCAAUACUCGCCUAACGUGCAUCGACAUAUUUAACUCGAAUCGGUCCAUAGCUUAUAUACAUAAAAUAUAUGUCAUAAUAGCUACGAAUUGAACUAAGCGUUAGUUCAGCGUUAAUCUCUGUGUGUGUGUACUUCCAAGCCAGUGUUCACUGUCCUAUUCCUUUCCAUCUUGCCGAUCAGAACAAUUGAAUAUUACGGAAUGUGUAAUUCGAUUAUCAUUUUUAGUGUCUUGCACUUUCUUCAGACUUAAUGUACUUAAGGUAAUUUGCAAAAUCUUUAGUUCUUAAGCGUUUAGUUAUAAUUAAGUGAGAAAAGAAAUCUUUUAAUAAAAAAAAAUUAUCAAAAAAAAA